CCGGGGCAGACAGAGCCCUCGCCGGGCCCAGAUUCACGGCGCGCGCGACCGCCCCUGCGCGCGCUCACCUUGGCGGCUGCUGUCGCUCGUGCCCUUGAGGUUUCACUGUCUUUGUCACUUAGGAUUUUCCUCCGCGGACGUUUGGAAAAGGGUCCUAGGGUUGAUGGAUCUUACUCCAGAGGGUCCCUCUGCCCACCAUGCAGCCUAAGACCUCGGGUAUCGGGGCAGGGAGACAAACGAAGGGAAACGAGCGGGACAACCGUGAGUGCGCUGUGCGGUGACAAGGAGAAUCUGGCACAGGGCCUCCAGGGCCCUGGAAGCAGGAGGUUCCUCCCUUUCCUCCGAAUGAAUGGUCCUUUGAGUUUCCUGGUCUAUGACACUUCCCCCACCCCCGAAAACAUGAAAGGAAUCUAGGAAUUUUGAAUGCGUCAAGGUUACAAAAUUCAUCUACAAUGGGGAAUGUUUUUGAAAAACUGUUUAAAAGCCUAUUUGGAAAAAAGGAAAUGCGUAUUCUUAUGGUGGGCUUGGAUGCAGCUGGCAAAACCACCAUUUUGUACAAAUUGAAGCUGGGAGAGAUUGUGACAACCAUCCCUACCAUAGGUUUCAAUGUGGAGACUGUGGAAUAUAAAAAUAUCAGCUUCACGGUCUGGGAUGUUGGUGGCCAGGACAAAAUCAGACCUUUGUGGCGACAUUACUUCCAGAACACUCAAGGUCUGAUUUUCGUGGUUGACAGUAAUGACAGAGAGCGGGUCAAUGAGGCCCGAGAAGAGCUAACCAGAAUGUUAGCAGAAGAUGAGCUCAGAGAUGCAGUUUUAUUGGUGUUUGUAAACAAACAGGAUCUUCCCAAUGCGAUGAAUGCAGCAGAGAUCACAGACAAGCUCGGCCUCCACUCCCUUCGCCAGAGAAACUGGUACAUCCAGGCUACCUGUGCCACCAGUGGAGAUGGGCUUUACGAAGGCCUGGACUGGCUCUCCAACCAGCUCAAAAACCAGAAGUGAUCAGCAGCAGCCCACUCCCCGUGCAUUGUGGCAAAGCCAGCUGGCCUUUCCUGUGUGCAUGUGAGCGUGUGAGGAGCCCAUGGGCCUGUGCAGCUGCUAGUGGGGGCAGCUUUCUCACACCGUGCCUUAUACACGCUAUCCGAAAACCAGUAUUCCAUUUUAAGAGAACCAGUGUUACAUUUUGAAUGCUUCCUUCCAUUUCACUAGCUUUGAUGGUCAUUUUUGCUGAGGCCCCUCUGGGUGUGAGUGCUAGAGUGUCUCCAGGCUGGAAAAGAAGAGAGCUGGAGCCAGACAGGUCCCAUUGUGCAGUCCUGGGUCUGGCAUCUCCACACACCCGGGAUCCUGUUGGAUUUCAGUGUCCUUUUGUAAAAAGAAAGGAAGGAACUGUCAUUCUCUCCCAUCGUGCCAAAGCGAGCAGCUCACUUGUAGUGCUUCAGCGGUCCUCAAGAAGAGAAGAUAGGUGAUUACCACAGGUUGAAGAGCCUCAGGGGCAGUGCCUCCCCUGGGCUCUGUUAGUCAUACCAACUUGUUUAGCUUGCUUAGUCAAAGGAAUCAGUGACCUUUUUCAUUAGAGUAUCAAGACUGUAACACUAGAGAAGUUUCCAGCCUGUCCUUUACUUGCCAAAUGGAGACCCUGUGGGCUGGUGGCCCAACAGGAGGCCAGGACUCUUGCCCCAAGCCACAUGGUCCACAGUGGAGUGCAGGUUGGCUGGAGGGAGUGAAGUGAGGUGGCUCUUGUGUUCUGGCAUCACCAUCUCAGGCCCUCGAGGCUGCUGCUCCCACUUCCCUGCUCUGUGCUGAGUGUCCCUCACAGGAAGCAGACAGAUGCCCCUGGUGGAGUCGGCACUGUGUCUGGUUGUCCUAGUCUGCUGUAGGCUUUUGGUUAGUAUCUGUUUGCAGAACCGUACACCUAGGUGUUCUGAGAGUUUGUGAGAAAGUCGUGAGGUUCAUGUAGGGAUGGAGUUCCCAGUGACCCCUGGUCCUCCCUGGGUUGGUGCUAAACUUUGCUCUGAGAAGCAUUUUUACCUAGACUGCUGGCGGCACAGGCUCCCUCCUCGACGGCAGUAUUGUCUAGAGAGCUGUUGGAAGUGUGUGCUGUGCUGCCCUGCAGAUAGCGGUAGACAGGAAGGUCUGGAGAGGAGCUGGGCUCAGCCCCAAGCCCUCUGGCCACACAACUCCUGGCCACAUUUGUACCGAAGCCCUUCUGCUUAACCUUUUAAAACCCCUUUCAAAAAAUCUUGAUUCCUACUUUAGGAAGGGGAAUGCAAGCUGAAUUUUAAGGAACAUGAUAAAACCUUGUUCAUUGGUAACAAAGUUAUACUAGGAAAAAAAUCCAUGUCAUUGUGAAUGUGGACUGUGAUGAUUUUCUUUAAAAAUCAUCUUCAAGAAUGUUCAUUGCAAUACUGGCGACAAAGUCCAGAUGUGAUUUUUAACCACAGAGGAAUUCCUGAGAAAUGUUGAAGUUGUACACCUCCCAUUGGCAGGGAGUCUCUUGCCCUUUGUAAUUAUGCUUAGUGUGCCUGGCCUGGUGCUAGGGCACAGUAAAUGUGGUGAUUGGUUAGACAAUAAAGAACUUCCUUGAGAAGGAGGAGACGUGGCCAUGUACUCCUGGAUGUCGGAACUGA